UCGGAAUAUCAAUCCUGGCUGUAUAAAAUUUAAAUAUAAUUGAAUAAUAUAUAUUUUUCUACCGCAGGCCAGAGAGAGAAUGUAAAUGGACCCUUACGUACCUGUCAGCGUUUCUUAACCUAACUUUAUUUAGGUGAACGUACAGAAAUUUGUAAACACUAUGGAAAAAAUUAAAUUUAAACUAAUUUUGAAACAAAGUGAUAUUAAAAUUAUAUGUAACAGAGGUGUGAAGAGUUUUUCUAGAAUUCCCGGACCAAAAUCGUUAAGUGGCAUUGGAACUUUAUAUAAAUAUCUUCCUUUAAUAGGUGAAUAUAAAUUUGACGAGCUUCAUCACAAUGGGCUGAAGAAAUACAAGAAAUACGGACCGGUUGUUAGAGAGGAAAUAGUGCCUAAUGUUAAUAUAGUUUGGCUUUUUGAUCCAAAUGAUAUUGAGGUAAUGUUUAGGUGCGAAGGAAAGUAUCCUCAAAGACGAAGUCAUCUGGCUUUGCAGAAAUUUAGGCUUGAUAGGCCUCACGUGUAUAACACUGGUGGAUUGUUGCCUACAAAUGGUCCAGAUUGGUAUAAAAUUAGGAAAAUCUUUCAAAAAGGACUUAGCGGUCCUUUAGCUGUAAAGAGAUUUUUGUCUGGUUCUGACGAAAUAAUUAAAGAAUGGUUAGGGAGAAUUGAAUCAAACAGAAACAACCCUGAAGCAGAUUUUUUACCCGAAUUGUCUAGACUUUUUUUAGAAUUGACGGGUUAUACAACUCUAGAUUUAAGAUUGGACAGUUUUUCUGAAGAUGAAUUAGAUAAACAUUCACGAUCAUCGAAACUCAUUGAUGCAGCUUUAACUACAAAUUCUUGUGUUUUGAAGUUGGAUAAUGGUCCACAGAUGUGGAGGUGUUUUAAUACCCCCCUGUAUAGAAAACUGAAGAAAUCUCAAUUAUAUAUGGAAGAUACAGCUAUAGAUCUUUUAUCUUUAAAAAUGUCAAUUUUUUCCGAAAAAGACAUCAAUAAAGACGACACACUCUUACAACAGUAUUUAUCUUGUCCAGAUCUAGAAUUUAAAGACAUUAUAGGUAUGGUCUGUGAUUUUUUACUAGCCGGCAUUGACACAACGACAUACUCGACCAGUUUUUUGUUCUAUCAUAUUGCCAAAGCGCCUGCAGUUCAAAUUUCCUUAUUUGAAGAAUCUAAAAGAUUGUUGCCUGAGAAAAACAGUAAAAUUAAUGAAGAUAUUCUUAAUGGUGCUCAGUAUACGAGGGCUGUAGUAAAAGAGUUGUUUAGAUUGAGACCAAUAUCGGUUGGAGUGGGGAGAGUUUUGAAUGAAGAGGCGGUGUUUUCUGACUAUUCAGUACCGAAAGAUACUGUUGUGGUAAGUCAAAAUCAAGUGUCGUGUAGACUGGACACGUAUUUUCCCAAAGCACACGAAUUUAGGCCAGAAAGAUGGCUGAAAGAUCAUCCGUUAUACGAAAAGAAACAUCCAUAUUUGUUGCUACCGUUUGGACAUGGCCCAAGAUCCUGUAUUGCUAGACAUUUAGCAGAACAGAAUAUGCAACUUUUGUUGUUAAACGUAAUUAGAAAUUACAAAAUGAAUGGAGGGGAUCAGUGUUAGACUCAAAAUCGUUAUUAAUAAAUAAACCAGACGGACCAAUUUUACUAGAAUUUCAUCCCAGAUAGUUCCUAAAAGUUUUCUAAAAAUUUUGCAUUAAUUUUUAAGGUCAAAAAAGUGUCUUAUAGUGAGAUACAUUUAAGAAUCAAUAUUAAUUUUAGUUCCAAGAACUAUAUCAUGUGGACUUAUGGUGCUAUAUAUAUUUUAUUAUUUUUUAUUUUAAAACAAAAUCUCAAUGUACUUUACUGCCCUUUUUUGAAUAAUAAAAUAUUUUAUUAAAUUUGUGUUUUAAUACAACAAAUACAGCAACGUCUUUAAAAAUAUAUUUUGUAUUUUAUUUAGUGAACUAAAUAUAGAUUUUUGGUCGAAACAAAUAUGCAUUAUCAAAUUAUUUAAUAAAUAUAAAUACAUCAAAAAAUAACAUAUAUCUGUAAGCUCCUAAAUUAUAUACAUACAAUUAAAUAGCCUGUCUUCUAUUGGUGGAAUUCUUGAAAACAUAAUUAAUAAUUUAUUAGUGUCUAUUUAGAAAAAAAUAUAUAUAAAUAAAAUAACUGGCGUUUAUGAGAUAUACAGAGUGGUCCGAAGUGUAAUCGGAAAAU